AUGGGGCACACGGCUAGCGUCAAUCGGCAGCGCCGCAGCUCGACAGGGACGCUGUAUGGAGAGCCGGCGGGUGCGACUGCGGCCCCGCGCGGGAGCUACACGCCGGCGCAGAUGCAGGCGCUGUAUCUGAGCCGAGGGCGGCCGGACAUGGCCUUCAUGUCCAAUCAGGGGCGUCUCCCCGUUGAGGUGCCAGAGCUGCAGCAGACGUGCACUGUCAAGAACCACGUGAACCUCAAGAAGGCCAGCCUCAAGCUGCAGCAGUCGCCCACCGACCCAAAUCACUACGCGCUGGAGUUCCAGUUCGAUGCCACCAAGCCCUGUCGCAUCAGUGUCUUCUUGGUGGCAACGGAGACCAUCAACGCGGACACUGGCAGCUCCAGCUUUGCCUUGGUUCACGCCGACAAGAACCCCGUGCUGGCCCAGCACUUCCCUUCAGGCUUGGGCCAGAUCUUCGUGCUGAAGGAAGGAGAGACAGAAGACGAUGCGUCCAAGGAAGAGGAACACGAGAAGCACGAGCAGCCUUUGCCUCUCUUGAACUUCUCGAUGUACGACCCUGACGAGCUGGUGUACAAACCCGGCGCAGUGCAGUUCCCAUUGAUCGUUGUGCUGGAAGUGUCAUCGGACAGGAAACGCCCUCAGUCCCAGUCAACAUUCUGCACGUUUGUCAAGAAAGGGGAGAACACUUGGGACGUCAAGAUGCUCAAGCAAAAGAUUCUGGUGGAUGGAUUGACAUACGAGUUGCAGGAGAUUUACGGCAUCGAUGGUAUGGUGGCUGCAGCACCAAAGACUGAACGCACUGGCGCAGCAGGCGAAGGCACCAUCGACGCAGCUCAGGCACCCAAGGAUGAAAUUGAGAUUCCCGAAGGCGCAGAGUGUAUCAUUUGCUUGUGUGAGCCGCGGAACACGACCAUUUUGCCGUGCCGGCACAUGUGUCUCUGCAGUGAGUGUGCUGAGGCGCUGCGUAAGAGUUCAAGCACGUGCCCAAUCUGCCGGACGCGUGUCGAAGCACUGCUGCAGAUUCGCGUGGAGGCGAAGGAGACUACGACCACGGAAUCUGAGGAAGAUACUAAGGCCGAAGUAGACGAAAACAAGUGA